AUGCAUAAUAAAAAUAUGACUGAAAAAGAGCUUUAUUGCUCUGAGUCACGAGAAUUAUCCAGAGACAAGCGAUAUGAAUAUUUUUUAGAGUUCAUAAACAAAUCAAGGACUAUUUCUAUGGAAUUCAGAAAUGACAAAAAGCAAAUCCGAAGCAAAUUGAAGCCAACUUUGGAAUGGUCUCAAAGGAUAUUUGGGGAUAUUUUAUUUGGGCUUGGGUAUGGGUAUAUGCUCAACAAUUGAAUAAAAUCAAGAAAUAUAUAUUUUUUCACAGUAGGAGCUUCGCUGGCGGUUUUUAGUUAUUAUGAUUAUGAAAGUGACAAAAUAACCAAAUACAAAUUAGCUGAAAAAUAUAAUAUUGGCACGCUUUUAGCGUGCCCUAACGUUUUUUCCUCCUCAGAAGCUGGAGAUUUUAACUCGUCACUUGAAGGUGACUAGUUAAAUCCCAAAUUUGCGGACCUUAUUGAAUUUAUCAACUUGGAUUUUGCUUGUCACCUUCAAGUGAUCCAAGUUCUUAAGGAGGAAGUAACCUUAGGGUACGCUAAAAGCGUGCCCACACUAUAUGAAAAACUUGCGCUGGAUUAUCAUUGCAAGAAAUUCAAUAAGUAA